UGGUGUGUUGGGAACCUACCGUAGUUGUGAUCCAGAAACAGGACAAAGCAGUAGACUUGUUUUACUCUUUACAGUGACUGAAGUGAAGUUUCAGAGCUUCAAUCAAUCUUUUCCAUGAGUUAGAUAACACAAUGGACGAAGAUGGAUAUGCUUUUCAUGUGGAAGACCCUGGGCCGGAUUUUAUUCCAGAUGCUGUCCUACGGGUAGAGGAGGAGAACUUUUACGUCUGUCGGGAGCACCUGGCCCUUCAGAGUCCAUACUUCAGAGCUCUGUUCUUUGGCUGUGGUGUGGAAAGCCGCAAAAAGCUUGUUGAGAUCAAAGGUGUGGGUCGACAGUCUUUCAAAGUUUUGAUAGAGUACAGCAAGACUCGCCGUCUGACUUUGGACCAUGAAAAUGUUCUUGGGAUUCUUGAGACUGCAAACUAUCUACAACUAGAAAAAGCCAGACUGCUGUGUUGCAAGUUCUUGGAGCGCGAGCUACACCUCACGAAUUGUUUAGGAAUGAUGGCCUAUGCAUGGCAACUGGGCUGCUCUCAGCUUUAUUCUGCAGCCCGGCAGGUUGUGCUCACACACUUCCCUGCGGUCUCAGCUGAAGAGGAUUUUCUGUCCCUUUCCAAGGAAAGUAUUGCUGAUCUACUUGCCAGUGAUGAUCUGGCUCUCCACAAAGACGAUGUGGCGCUUGAAGCCACCCUGCGCUGGGUUUCGUUUGAUCCUAAACGAGAAGAACAUUUUUUAGAGCUAAUAGAGCUGGUGAGACCAGAGUCUCUCUCCUUAGCAUUUAUUACCCAACUUCUGACCAGAAUGAAAGGUUCUGACCCUCGAGCAAGGCUCAUCAGCAAGCUGAAUGAUCACUUCCCAGCCUCUUGGUCAGUAGGCAGGUCUUUGAGGCGGACCAAAGCUACAGAGACUCUCUAUGUCCUGGGAGGGCCUCAUGAUCAGGAACAGCAGGCACUGUAUCAGUUCCACCCUCUGAGCGGUAGAUGGCAGUGCUGUGCACCUUUGCAGCAGAAGAAUCUAACUCAGUACUCAGUAGCUGCAGUAGGAAACAACGUGGUUGUGACUGGAGGCCACUUCAGAGAUGUGCUGUGGUUCAGUGUGGACUGGGUGAAGAUAUACGAAUGUUCAAAUCAGCGCUGGGUGGAUGGGCCGGCCCUGCAGAAAUCCAGACACAGCCACUGCUCCAUGGGGCUGGACUCCUCUCUGUAUGUCCUGGGAGGCUGCAUGGAUGAAGGCCUCGUGGGUGAUGUUGAGGGGUUGGUUUUUGGAUCAGAAGAUGGCUGGCAGGGGUUGAGCCCUAUGGUCAGGGCAGUGGAGCGGGCAGCCACUGUAGCUGUGGGGUUGUGCAUCUAUGUAGCGUGUGGCCUGGAUGAAAAUGGGGAGGUGUAUGCAGGAAUUCAGAGAUAUUUGGUGAAGGAAGAUCAGUGGGACGUGGUCUCCUUUUCUCCAUUUCCAAGGUAUGAUCUGGUUGCCACCGAACUAAACGGCGCCCUCUACAUGUUUGGAGGCAAAGCCCUGCGCCUCGACAUGGAGACGGAUGAAUGGACUUUGCUGGAUGAGCAAUGUCUGGACAAAAAGUUCUUCUGUGGCUGCACCACAGUCAGCGGUCAGAUCUACCUAGUCAGUGAAAGGAAAAGUAACAAAGCAUUCCCAAACAUGCUGCUGCUGGACCCUUACAUAGACACCUGCCUGGAGAUAGAUGAUGCAAUUGCCUGUCCGGUCCCCAUCAGAGGCUGUGUGACCAUAAGAAUGGUGUCUUCUACCAGCAAAUGAGCAGCUCCUACACUUUAAUUUAAAUUAAAAAAAUGAUUAGAAUCAAUCUUAAUGUAUUAAAUAAGGUUAAUUUAAUAAAAUCUGUCAAAAAAGACACGCUGAACAAACAUUCAAACAUCUUAGAACAGUCUAGAACAACUUUCCUGAAACAUUUUCAUGGUUUUCUUCAUCAUGUAGACAUUUCAAUUCUUUUUUUUUUUUAAGCAGAAAAGCCCUUUUUAAAAAUUAAACCCAGCUUAGUUUCUGCAUUAAAUAAAUACACAUUUGGGUAAAAUAAUGAAAAAAAAUGGUGUAAAUUCACAGAAGCAUAUAAGAGCCUCAUAAGUAAACUAUAGCAUGUUGGUAAUGAACUCAAUCUCACACCUCUUGUGCGGUGAUGUGGAGGGUUUGCGCUCAGUGUAAGUUUAUAUUUCACUUACUUUGUCCUGUUUCCUUUUUCUGUCCUUUUUUCUUUUGUUAUUGACAGUGGUUGU